AUGUCCAUCUCCAGUCACAAACUACAGUGGCAGCGCCAUGCCAAACGGGAACUGCUGGGCGGCGACCUGCUGGCACAAUCGCUGAAACAGCUGGGCGUGCAAGUCUCGUUCGGCGUGCACGGCGGCCACCUCGACGCCUUCCUCAUCGGCUGUGAGCAGGUCGGCAUCCGGAUUGUCGAUACUCGCCAUGAAACGACCGCCGUGCAGGCGGCCGAGGGCUACGCCAAACUCUUUGGCAACGCUCUCCCCGGCCUGGCCACGGCGUUUGCAGACCGCUCCCCCAUUUUCGUCAUCACAUCGUCACCGCCGCUGCGCGACGCCGAGACGAACUGUCUCCAAGGCUUCCACGACCAGGUGGUGCUGGCGAAGCCUAUCAGCAAGUUUGCGCACCGCGUCACCAACGUCGAAGAAAUCCCCCGCAUCGUUAGCUACGCCUACCGCACCGCCACGGGCGGCAUCCCCGGCCCCGUGGUGGUGGACUUCCCGAUCGACGUGCUCUUCCACCCACCGCGCGAGGAGGCCAUCUCCUACGGCUCCAUCACGCGCCCUCCAGCCGUGUCGCCGUACCCGGAUCCCGCGGCGCUCGACUCGCUGAUCCAGCUAUGGGCGGCGGCCCAGCGACCCGUCAUCAUUGUCGGCACGGGAGCGGCGCGCACCACCAGCCGAGACUCGCCUGACGGGUCCAGUCCGCUCCUCUCGCUGGCAGAAGCCACCGGCACGGUGGUGUUCUACUCGCAGAAAUACGUGCCGGCGCUGCCAUACGACUCGCAGUUCCGCGGCGGCCACGCCGGUCUGCUGGCCCGCCUGCCCAGCCUGCAGAAGAAACAGCCGGACCUGGUGCUGCUGCUGGGGGCGCGCACCGGCUUUCUCCUCGGCGGGCGAUCGGGCGCCGUCAUCCCGCAUGCCAACAGCGGCUCCAAGCUGGUUCAAGUGGACAUUGAUGCCGGCGAGAUCGGCAAAUCGCACCCGGUCGACCUAGGCAUUGUGGCGGAUGCGACCAAGUUCAUCGCGGGCCUACUGGACCGACUGCAACGACAACCCGCUGUAACCCCGAUUCGGCCGCCGGCAAGCUGGCUCGACGACCUGCACGCCUUGAAGACCCAGCCGUCGCCGUACGCCGACGACGCGCCCCUGCAGCCCGACGGACGGCUCCAUCCGUUCUUCGCCAUGCAAGCCAUCUACCAGGCCCUGCCGGCCGGGUCGAUUGUCAUCAUCGACGGCGGCGAAGCCGGCGUGUGGGCCAUCGACCUGUUCGAGCAGUCGCGCGCCAGUGCCGGCCUCGUCGCCACCGGAUACUUGGGCUUUCUGGGCAACGGUUGGGGCUACAGUCUGGGCGCCGCCCUGGCCGACCCGGACCGCCUGGUCGUCAAUGUGCAAGGCGACGGCUCCGCCGGGUUCCACAUUCAGGAGCUGGACACGUACGCCCGCCACGGGCUCAACGUGCUGACCGUCGUCAUGAACAACUAUGUCUGGGGCAUGAGCGUCGCCGGCCAGGAUCUGCUGUACGCCGACGACGACCCGGCCCGCGUCGCGAGCUCCUUGUCGCCCGACUGUCGCUACGAUAUCGUCGCCCAGGGCUUUGGCUGCAGGGGCGUGCUGGUGCCGGCCCGGUCUGGCGUCGACGACCUCCGUGCCGCCGUCAACCUGCUCACCGCGACCAAGGGGCCGGCCCUGCUGAAUGCCAUCGUCUCCAGAUUCCCCGUCACCUUGGCCACCCAGAGCAUGGUUGGCAAGACCGACGACAAGGAUUCCAUCGUCGUGCCGUAUUAUGAUAAUGUGCCCCGGCCAUAUUAUAAGGACCACACCACCUCCACCACAUCCACCUCCGAUUCCAAUGGAACAGGACAUUAA